UGCUUAAAGCAGAACUUGCUUAGUCUCAACCGUCAUACUAACUUUUUCAGCAAAAUGAAGAAGCGGAGUCUAGUUAUUCUACAUCUUUUCUUUGUGUGUUUCUGUGUUUACACAUCAUCACAAGAUGAGGUGACGUGUACCGUGCCAACAAUCAAAAAUGCAAAGACACUGAAGAAACCAGGCACAAAUAUCGAGUACCAGUGCCUACAUGGACAUGAACCCGACAGGUUUGUCAUCACCUGUAAUCAGAAGGGAGAUUGGGACAAUAUGCGCGACUGCACUGCAACAACACUAGACUGUGGCCGGCCCCCACAGAUUGAACAUGCCGUACAGGAUUUUAAGGAUCGAUAUGAGAACGGUGAAAAAGCUGCUUAUGACUGUCCUGCACUCUAUGUUAAGGAAGGUGAUCUGACCUGCACACGAGGCAGAUGGGCAGGAAGUGGGAAGUGCUGGAAACCCUGCACUGUGGAUCUUAAAGCUAUGGAUGACCGUAAUAUACAGCUAAGGCAUAAAUACACAGAAAAAAUCUAUUCAACACAUAAAGAUUUUAUUGCGUUUUCUUGUAAAAGAGGAUAUAGACUAGUGAAAGGCAGUGUUCCUUUCCGUCAGCGCUGCAAUAAUGGAGAAAUUCUCUUGCCUGUUUGUGAACAGUGAGCCACAGGUUCCCAUUAAAAUGCUGUGGGGGGGUUAGUUGUGCACUUCACUGCUUAAAGAAGAAUCACAGUGAAGUCAUUUUAACAUGCUGUGUUAAAGUUUAGAUGUUUGUGUAGUGAUAAAUAACUGAGGAGGCUGCCAUUCAAACUACAUUCAGGUAAACGUCCAUUCAGUUAGCAGAAGAAUGGAUUGUGUGCAGUCAAAUACAAUAAAUGAUGAUGACCAGAGAGCUCCUCUUAGUUUCAUGACCUGAAUAAAAAAAAUAAAAUAUUAUAUAAAACACAGCGCCUCGAGAUCAAAUGAAAUGUCAUUUACAAUUUUAACCUCUUAAGUAGCAUUAAAAAAGAAGCCCUUUGAACUAUUCAUAAGCUUUGCUUGCUCUAUGUUGUUCAUUGAUUAUGUUUUCCAGCAAAAUUAAUAAAGCAUUUAAGAAUGUUCA